CAGAAUAUGGGAGGUGGAGUCUGGGGACCUGAUGGUCGUGUUGAGUGGUCACAAGUCGGCUGUAAGCGCGAUGGCUUUUGAUGUGCAGGGAAUGCAGUUGGCCUCGGGUGGAAACGACACCAAUAUCAUAGUCUGGGACAUUGUAGCAGAGACUGGGCUGUACCGACUCAAGGGGCAUAAGGAUGUGAUCACAGGGCUACACUUCCUGCGUAAUGCUAACGUGUUGCUGUCCAGUUCCAAGGACAAGUACAUCCGCGUGUGGGAUCUGGACAUCCAGCAUUGUGCUCAGACUGUGGUGGGUCACAGGAAUGAGAUUUGCAGCUUUGCGUUGGAUGGAGAGGAGUCUCGGCUGAUCUCUGGCACAGCCAAUGAGGAGAUGUACGUGUGGACCAUUCUAUACGACGCAGACCCCGUGGCCUUUGACUCGGCGGCUGCGGGCGAUGAGACGACACACAAUGACGACGCUCUGGAUGAUGCAAACGUCAUUGCCACUACCGCCGCCACUAAAGUACGAAUAGCGCUUGUGGGCAAACUGAUGCGCAGUGGCAAGGAGAGGGUCGUGAGCAUGCGUGUGCACAAUCCCACACAGACCAUUGCUGUACAGAGUGCCGAUAAGCUAAUUGAGUUCUACCGUUUGCACUCACCGAAGGAGGUGACAAAGAAGCUGAAGCGAAGGCAGAAGCGUCUGCGUGAGAAAGCCGCAGAGAAAGGCACAUCCGAAGUGGAGACGGCUGUGACCGAUGCGGCUGAUCAUAUGGUGCACUUGUACAACCUCCGCUUGUCAGCAAAGUCUGUGUCCUGUGCCUGGGGCCGCACCGUGAAAAAGGGGGCCGAUAAGGACCUGGAUGCGGGAGAUACUCAGGUGGACAUGGUGGUAGCCCUGCACAACAACACCAUCGAGAGCCAUGCCAUUAAACUCUCCGCCAAAACAGCCACAUCGUCGCCUGUCAGUCAGCUGCAACAACCAGGCCACCGCUCGGGCGUCCGUUGUGUGGCGAUAUCCGACGACAGCAAAAUGCUGGUGUCAUGCUCGUCCAAUGAGAUCAAAGUAUGGAACAUGGCUACGAGGACAGUAAUCCGCACACUGCCGUCUGGCUACUGUCUCUGUGUCACCUUCAUUCCGGGAAAUCGACAUGUGGUUGUCGGAUACAAAACGGGCGAGAUUGAGCUGUUCGACAUCGCUUCAGCCACCUCACUGCAGAAAGAAAUGGCCACCGAGGGUGGUGAGAGUGUGUGGUCCAUAGCCAUGCGCCCUGACAAGCGUCGCUUUGUGACUGGAGCCGCAGAUAAGAAUGUCAAGUUUUGGGAUUUGGAUCUUAUCGCGGACGAGGAGUACUCCACUACCAGCAAACGCUUGGGUUUCGUGCACUCAGCUACGCUUAAGAUGUCCGAUGAUGUUUUGUGUGUCAAGUACACUCCGGACCAGAGACUGAUUGCCGUCUCCUUAUUAGAUAGUACCGUGAAGCUGUUCUUUGAGGACACGUUGAAGUUCUUCACCUCGCUAUAUGGGCACAAGCUCCCCGUACUCUCCAUGGACAUCUCAGCCGACAGCACACUGAUGAUCACAGCCUCGGCCGAUAAGAACAUCAAACUGUGGGGACUGGACUUUGGUGACUGUCACAGGUCAAUGUUUGCCCACGCGGACAGUAUCAUGGGCGUCUCCUUUGUAGCCAACACGCACUACGCCUUCAGCGUCAGCAAAGACCGUACCAUCAAGUACUGGGACUGUGACACCUUCGAGCACAUCCUCACACUCAACGGCCACCACGGCGAGGUCUGGUGCACCGCAGUCAGUCACCACGGACGGUUCAUGGUGUCCGGGUCGCACGACCGGUCCCUUCGUGUUUGGACCAGGACGGACGAACAGGUGCUGCUGGAAGAGGAGCGCGAACGCGAACGCGAGGAAGCGAUGGAUAGUGAGAUGGUCACGGAGAAUACGGCCGAGGCUGGAGCUGGUGAGGCGGAGGGGGAUGUGACUAUGGUGGGGGCAGAUGGCUUGGGAGGCAAGAAGACUGUGGAGACCAUCAAGGGCGCCGAGCAGAUCAUCGACGCUAUAGAGCUGGCUGAGAAUGAGCGCGAGAACAUGGCUGAGCAUAAGAAGGCGGUGGCUCUGGCAAAGAUCAACGGAGUGGACGCCCCUCCACCGUUUGAGCAGAAUAUUAUUAUGAAGUACCUGCGCAUGGACUCGCCGGAAAGGUACGUUCUCCAUAUAGUGAAGAAGAUCAAACCCAACGACUUGCAAGAGGCUCUUCUACUUCUUCCGUUCAAUCAUAGCACCAACUUACUCCGGUAUAUUGAAGCUUGGAUCAAGAAAUCGUGGAGUGUGGAGCUGUGCUGUCGCUGUCUGUUCUUCCUGCUGCGCGUGCAUCAGAAGCAGAUUGUGUCGAACCAGGUCAUGGUUGACACACUGGACUCUUUGCGCAUGAACACGCGCGGCAGGAUAUCGGAGUUAAAGAAUAUCAUAGGCUUCAAUGUUGCGGCACUGAAUCACAUCAAGCGCAAAAUGGAGGAUGAGAGCACCAGUAGUUUCUUUGGCGAGCAGAGCGAGCAAUUGAACAAGAAUAUGAAGAAGAAGCAACGGCUGGUGCGACCUACCUUCUAGAAUUUAGUAGACAUUAAAAUCAUUAGAAACUAUAUUUUUCAUAUCAGGAGCUAGAGGAGGGCUGUCACCCUAACACUGUGUGUGAUGUAC